UACCAGGAUUCGAGCUAUGCUUUGCUGCAAAUAAUAAUGGCGUGUUCUGAACUUGAAUUGUCACAGCAAAGUCUAAAGUGUGUUAAUGUGAACACCGGAGAAAACUGCAUCGACAAGGUUGAAGUUUAUUCCAAUAGUGGACAAUCGGCUAUUACCCGUUUGAGCGAUCUAAGACCAGGACAAAUUUACAAUGUGACCAUCGCCGCUAGAAACCUAAUAAAUCAGGAAUUAGUCACAAAACACACUCUGAUUUCUAUGGAUUCUUCCGAAUUGCGAAUUUCAACCAUCUACCAGGAUUCGAGCUCUGUUUUACUGCAAGCAAAUGUAACCUCAUCUGACCCUGACCUGUCAGUGCAAAGAGUGAGCUGCGUUAACAUGAUUACUGGGAAAAACUGCAGCGAUAACGUUGAUGUAUAUUCCACCAAUAACAACGGAAAGUCUGUUACUAUCGGUUUCAGUCACUUGCAACCGGAAGAACUUUACAACGUGACCAUCGCUGCUGGAAACAAAAAGAUUCAGGAUUUGAUCGCAAACACAACUCUGAUUUGCAUGGACCCUCCUUCAAAUAUUGACUGGUUUUCUCAGUCACAAAUUGAUGGAACAAACUUGGAGUUACCUGUUUCUGCUGACAACUAUGAGAUCACUUUGGUCCCCACCUUCUGCACUGACAACAAAACACUUGUUCAUUCUUACAGGGCUGCCCCUACUAUCUACAACAUGGAGAAAGGAUGCGAGUAUAGAGUGCAUUACGCUGCUAGAUGUCGCCUGCCCACCGGGGGCUCCCUUGCCUCGCAAUUUGUACCCUACAACGAAUCUUUCUGUACAGAACCUGAACUGCCAAAAGUUUUCAGCUCUAUGGCAGAUUCCAACAUAACGGAGACCACGCUAGAGAUAAAUGGAUUCGGAGUGCCCGCAGGGCAAUACGAUUACAUAGAGUUCAAGCAUCUUUAUCAUGAAACCUGUGGGACACCAAUCAUCGGGAAUUUGACCAGAGGAGAGACUGAUCUCAAAAGGAAAGACUUGUUACCCGGUUGUGAUUACCAUCUGAGAUACUCUGCCGUGUGUCGUGCAGAUAUAGGCACAAUUGAGUCGGCUAUAAACUAUUUAGACAUUUGCACAA